AGGGUGGGUUGCUGCUGCUGCAGCCUGCUCAUUCAUACACGCACACACACAGAGAUUAUCGUUCAUAAUCUCUUCCCUUCCAUUUCAUUUCUGACCAAAUUAAUUAAACCCUCUUCGUCUUCCUCCACCUCUACAUACAAACAUACAUAGUUGAGCAGAGCCUGAGCCAGAGCCAGAGCCGGCCAUGGGAACUCAAGGCUCGGAUAAUGCUUACAGCAACUUUACCGACUCCAAGUCCAAGAACGAUGACAAUCAUAACAUUACGGAUCUCCGGACCGAAGAAGAAAAGAAAAUCGAUGCAUGGUUGCCAAUCACUUCAUCAAGAAACGCAAAAUGGUGGUACUCAGCUUUCCACAAUGUCACCGCCAUGGUUGGGGCCGGCGUCCUCAGUCUCCCUUAUGCCAUGUCUCACCUAGGAUGGGGUCCUGGUGUAACAGUAAUGAUCAUAUCAUGGAUCAUCACUCUAUACACACUCUGGCAAAUGGUAGAGAUGCAUGAAAUGGUACCCGGAAAGCGUUUCGACAGAUACCAUGAGCUCGGGCAGCAUGCUUUUGGCGAAAAGCUUGGCCUCUACAUUGUGGUGCCUCAGCAGCUGAUUGUUGAAGUUGGAGUCGACAUUGUUUACAUGGUGACCGGAGGAAAAUCACUCAAGAAGUUCCACGAUGUCGUCUGCCCAGAAUGCAAAGACAUCAAGCUUACAUAUUUCAUCAUGAUCUUCGCCUCCGUCCACUUCGUCCUCUCCCAUCUCCCCAACUUCAAUUCCAUCUCCGGCGUCUCUUUGGCUGCAGCAAUCAUGUCAUUGAGCUAUUCUACCAUUGCUUGGGGGGCCUCCGCUGACAAAGGGGUGAAAGAAAAUGUGGACUAUGGCUAUCCAUCUUCGACCACUACUGGCACUGUUUUCAACUUCUUCAAUGCUUUGGGAGAUGUGGCGUUCGCCUACGCCGGCCACAACGUGGUGCUGGAAAUCCAAGCAACAAUUCCUUCGUCGCCAGAGAAGCCUUCGAAGGUGCCUAUGUGGAGAGGUGUCAUUGUUGCUUAUAUUGUUGUCGCCCUCUGCUACUUCCCAGUGGCUUUUGUUGGCUAUUGGAUGUUCGGAAACUCUGUUGAUGACAACAUACUCCAGACAUUGAACAAGCCAUCGUGGCUUAUCGCCAUGGCUAACAUGUUUGUGGUGAUUCAUGUUAUCGGAAGUUAUCAGAUCUAUGCAAUGCCUGUUUUCGACAUGAUAGAAACUGUCCUAGUGAAGAAACUGAGGUUCAAGCCUACUUGGUAUCUACGAUUUAUUUCACGGAACAUCUACGUGGGACUGACAAUGUUUGUUGCCAUUACCUUCCCUUUCUUUGGGGGCCUUUUGGGGUUCUUCGGAGGAUUCGCUUUCGCGCCGACCACAUACUUUCUUCCUUGUAUCAUGUGGCUUGCCAUUUACAAACCAAGGAGAUUCAGCCUGUCUUGGACCACUAACUGGAUUUGCAUCAUUCUUGGGGUUAUUUUGAUGAUUGUAGCACCGAUUGGAGGGCUACGGACGAUCAUACUUCAGGCGAAAACGUAUAACUUCUACUCAUAAAUGCCUAUCUCAGAGCAGAGAUGGGAACUUAAUGUCCAGUCUAGUUUUCAUAUCAUAGGAAGAAGCAUAAGAAUAUGGGCUAUUCUUCUACGUGCAAAUAGUUGAGCAGUGGCUAUUGUUCAGCGAAAGGGUUUUCGAAGAAACAAUUGUGCAAGAUGGACAUGUUAAUAGUUUGCAAGGAAAGAUUUUAUGACAAUCCAUGAAGACAUUGAUUGAGAAACCAGAUAGAUAGAUAGCCUUGAUUGCUGUUUCUAAAUAUGUGUGUGUGUGUGUACACUUGUGCUUCGGUAUUUCAAUUUCCCUUGUAUUUGCAUUCACUUGGUGAAUGAAAUUGAAAUAAAAUUAGAGACUCAGCUUCAGCAUGUUUUA